UUCAAAAUUAGACCUAAAACUAAAAUCCCAAACGCCACCUAAUAAGAUUUCUGACUGCCAGCCAACCCAAAGGUCGAAGCCAUGUCGCAAAGGGUUCUUUGCAAGUUCUUUGCACAUGGGGCAUGUCUGAAGGGGGAGCAUUGUGAGUUUUCACAUGAUUGGAAAACUAGUCCUAAUAAUGUAUGCACCUACUACCAAAAAGGAGCUUGUGCUUAUGGAAGCAGGUGUAGAUAUGAGCACGUUAAGUUGUCUCGAUCACAGCCUUCAGCUCAGUCUUCAGCACAGCCUCAACAAUAUCUGCUUUCAAGUUCUGUUUCUACCAAUGUGGCUCCUGGAGCGGGUGCGCAAAGUGCGGGUCUUGUGCCUGGUAUUUAUACUGAGUAUUCAGCUUCAAGCAAACCGACAUGGAACCAAAACUCAGAGCUUCACGAUACAUUGGAUAAUGAUGACAUGAUUGAGUUGAGGAGUGUUAGUCCAGCUGAUAGGCCGAUCUGUGCUUUUGCUGCUGCUGGUAAUUGCCAUCGUGGAGAAAAGUGUCCGCAUAUUCAUGGAGAUUUGUGUCCAACCUGUGGGAAGCAUUGCUUGCAUCCUUUCAGGCCUCAGGAAAGAGAGGAGCAUAUAAAAACAUGUGAGAACAGGCAAAAGCACAUUGAUUUGUUGAAGCGCAGUCAAGAAAUAGAAUGCAGUGUAUGCCUUGAAUGUGUUCUUUCCAAGUCAACGGCAGCUGAGAGGAAGUUUGGAAUCCUUUCUGAGUGUGAUCAUCCAUUUUGUAUAUCGUGUAUCAGGAAUUGGCGUGGCAGUUCUUCCUCUGGAAUGGAUGUUAAUUCUGCACUGAGGGCUUGCCCCAUAUGCCGCAAGCUUUCAUAUUUUAUCAUUCCGAGUGUUAUUUGGUACUUCACAAAAGAAGAGAAGGAAAAAAUAGUUGACAGCUACAAAACAAAACUCAGAUCUAUCGACUGCAAGCACUUUGACUUUGGGAGUGGGACUUGCCCAUUUGGGACUAGUUGUUUUUACAGGCAUCAAUACCGUGAUGGUCGUUUGGAGGAAGUGGUGCUGCGCCAUCUUGGUUCUGAAGAUGGAAACACAGUAAUUGCUAAAGAUAUCAGGCUCUCGGAUUUCCUUAGCAACUUGGAAAUCAGAUGAACAACUCUUUUUGUAAUUUCAAGAUGAUUAUAGCAUUUACGAAAUACUAUGCUCUGUAAGCGUGCCAGUGUAGUCCAUGCGGCCCAUCAUCCGAGGCGCCUCUUCCUUUGCUCGGGCCAUGAUGGCUGAACCUGGCAAUUUCCGCCGCUCUUUCCUUCCUAUUGUUCUUGGCAUUGUACCUGAGUCAGACUGCCAGAGAGGCUGAAAUGCCAGUGAAGUGGUUUGAAGGUCAUUGAGGAGAAAAAGCAGGAGUUUCAGUAGUAAUUUGUUUAUUUUACUCCUGACUGCCAUGUUAAUUAUUACUGGAGAACUUGCAUUAUUUCAUUUGAACAAGACAUUAGAAAAGGCAGUGACAGGAAGCAGAAAAACUGCUACAGUAAUAUAUUCCGAUAUGACGGGAAGCCUCAGCUAGCACCAAAAAAUGUGAAACCAGUUGGAGACGAUUAUAUGUCCCCAAGAAAUGGGGAUUGGAAACAUGUAUAUUCUAGAACAGUUUCUGAAAUACAGUUUCAGAAUUAAUAGUUUGAAAUCCAUCAGUUUUACAUCUUUAAGCUCUAGUCACCUGCUGGCACUCCUUUUCGGGGAUCUUUAGUUGGAGAACAUUUUGAUAUCUCACUGUCCCCUUGAUCUAUAACCAGUUUGCAACAUUCUCAUCCUUUCUCU